AUUGCUUUCUUGCCAUGUCAGUUUCUAUUAAUCAUUAGCUCCUGCAAGUCUUUAAGCUUUAUCUUAAAAUUAGAACUCAGCUUGCUGACAAAACCUGUAAAGGAGAAAGCUUCCCUGGCAAUCCCCAUGGACAGGUCCUGCAAGCAAUAAGAGCUCUGAUGAAUUAUCACUGUUACUUAUUUAUAUUCUGUUAACAUUUUAUCAAGUUUAGAAAUAACUUUUAGGAAACAGAAAGGCAAAGUUACUUCUUUCUACCUCCAACUCUGAAGACUGGUUUCUGACUUCUAUAAGAAAAGUCUUCCCAGGAGGAAACUGCUCAUAACCCAGAGGAAAUGCACCAUGGACACAGGAACAGUAUGUGGAAUAAUUGCUGGAGGUGACUUAGAAAUUAAACUUAUAUUCACAUUUUAAGGAAAAGACAACAUGGAGGCAGGUUGCAAUGCAGCUAAUGUACAACAAGUCUGUACCAUGGCAAUUUCCUAGGCAGCACCAGAUGAUAGCAACAUCAGGGGAACAGUGCUAACUCUAGGAGCAAUUGCAUGUGAGGGUGGAGCAGAGUGGAGACACCAUGGCCAUGCUCCGUGGCAACAACCCAAUUCAAAGGCAGGCUAUGGAUUGCUGGAAGGGAGCCACAGGCCACAGCUGGAUUUAUCCCACACUGAUCAUCUGUGCAAAUGGAUUUUUCUCCACAAUGAGGCCAUCAGAAUCUUUUCUUACUCCUUAUCUGAUUGGACCAGACAAAAACCUAACAACUGAAGAGGUUACCAACCAGAUUUUCCCAGUGUGGACAUACUCCUACCUCGCACUCCUUUUCCCAGUCUUCCUGAUCACGGACUACCUGCGCUACAAGCCCAUCCUCCUCCUCCAGGGCAUCAGCUUCAUCGCCACCUGGCUCCUGCUGCUCUUUGCACAAGGGGUGCUGGCCAUGCAGAUGGUGGAAUUCUUCUACGGGAUGGCGACAGCCGCCGAGGUCGCCUAUUACGCCUACAUCUACAGCGUCGUCAGCACCGAUCGCUAUCAGAGAGUGACGAGCUACUGCAGAAGCAUCACCCUGGCUGCAGCCACCCUUGCCGCCGUGCUGGGGCAGCUGCUGGUUUCCUUAGCAGAUGUAUCCUACUUUCACCUCAACGCCAUCACUUUGGCUUCCGUGUCCCUGGCAUUUGUGGCUUCCUUUUUCCUCCCAAUGCCCCAGAAGAGCAUGUUCUUCCACAGGAAAGACGUCCCAGUAGCUCUGCCAGGACCAGAUCAAGUCGUGGCUACAGUCAGCUCCCACCGGCCCUCAAGCUGCCCAGAGGACAAGGGCUCUGGAUCUGCUGGCAGGGAACCCACACCUGAACAGCAGGCAGGUCGUGCCCAGCCCCAGAAUGGUGUGCUCAGAGUGCUGGUGCAGCUGAGCCAGGACCUGAGGGACUGCUACAGCUCUAGGAAACUUCUCUACUGGUCCCUCUGGUGGGCUCUGGCUACAGCAGGCUUUAACCAGGUUCUGAACUACAUCCAAGUGCUGUGGGACUUCAGAGCCCCCUCUCACAGCUCUGCAGUGUACAAUGGAGCUGUUGAAGCAAUAGCAACUUUUUUAGGUUCAGCAACAUCUAUGGUAGUUGGAUAUGUCAAAGUGAACUGGGAUCUUUCUGGAGAACUGGCUUUGGGAGUUUUCUCUGCAAUGGAUGCUGGUUCUCUGUUUCUCAUACACUUUACAGACAACAUCUGGGCAUGCUAUGCUGGUUACCUUGCAUUUAAAGCAUGCUAUAUGCUCCUUAUAACAAUAGCAACGUUUCAGAUUGCUGUCAAUCUAAGCAUGGAGCGUUAUGCUUUGAUGUUUGGCUUCAACAACUUCGUUGCAUUGGUGAUUCAGACAAUUUUAACUGUUGUUGUAGUAGAUUCAAGAGGUCUAGGACUGGAUAUCAGCACCCAGUUUCUCAUUUAUGGCAGCUACUUUACAUUCAUAGCUGGAAUCUUCUUGAUCCGAAGCAUAUACACCAUCAUCUCCAUCAACCACAGAAAUACCAGUGUGGCUGCUGAAAGCUCUAGUCACUAACAAGGGAAACAAAAAGAACAGCUGCAAGCAACAGUGCAAAGGCUGCUGCACCACCUGAACAGUGCAGGAGAAACAACACUCAGUCAAGCAAGACUGGUCAGUGGUAAAACAGGCUGUUUAUAAGCCAACAGCAUAAAGAGCUUUGUCAAUAGGAUGAUGCAUUUUACCAGUUCUCUUCACCAGAAAUUCCAAUACUGAACAACCUUUAAACAAUCUUCUAUUUCAACUCAAAUUUAAUCUCACCCCAAAACUUCUAUUACUGCUCAAUAAACACAACAAGCAAGUGCCAACAGAUGCCUGAACCUUACAACAGAAGAGCUUAUAUGAUACACCCUUUGAACUGUUACUUCUACUGAGUAUUUCAAUUAAAGGCAAUUUAGCUAUAGGCACAAGACCUAUUGGUA